AUGACACAAAAUCAUACAUUUAUUCGUCAAAUUCAUACAAAUGAUGAUACAAAUAUAAAUACAAAUGAUUUUGACAGAAUUGAAGCAAUGAAAGAAAAAUCAAAGAAUGCAGCACGAAGUCGACGUGAAAAAGAAAAUGCUGAAUUUUUUGAAUUGGCUAAACUUUUACCAUUACCACAUGCAAUUACUGAUCAAUUGGAUAAAGCAUCUGUUAUACGUCUUACAACAAGUUAUCUUAAAAUGCGUGCUAUUAUACCCGAAGGUAAAAAUCUAAUGAUCUAUAACAAAUGAUAUAUAACUCGCUAAGAUGACAUCAUUGACACAAUAUUGAGAAUUUUAACAUGUUCAUUUUGAAAAUUGAUAUGAGAUAAAAAAAAAUAAGAAGAAUUGAGAUUUGCUUCUUCUUUUUUUUUUUUUCGAAUUUUUUUUUUGUUCUUUUAUAUAAAUUGAAAGCAAUUAGAAUAGCAUGAGUUUGUUUGCUGUACAUGACAAUUUUAUCCGAGUUGUUUUAUAUUAAAAAAAAAUAAAAGAAGAAGAAAUCGUAUUGGUUCUAGGAACGUUUUUUUUUUUCUUUCCUUUUCUCUUUUCUCUAUUCUUUACAUUGACUUUGAUCAGCUUAGUUUGAAAAUGAAUCUCUUAUUCCAUCCGGAUGUUUUUUCUCGGUAACAGUCUCAUCACUUAUAUUUCAUAUUUACAAGAAGAAUUCAAUAAAAAAUCACACAUAGAUGAUGAGCUUUUUACAUUACCGCUAUUGAUAUGGAAAUCGAUUUUGUUUUGUUCAAUUCAAUAUGAAAAAAGAAAUAUAUCUAAUAAUAUGAUUUUUCUAUAGGACUAGGAGUGUAAUCACUCCCUAAUUGUAAAAGUCAUCUACACGAUAUUUCUUUCGUCGAAACUCUCCGUUCAAUUUUGAAUUACAUG